AUGAAAAAACUUUCGCAAUUGAAAGAUCGGAAAGAGAAAUAUUUACUUUGGUUGAUUGGUAUUGCUUCCGAUCCAGCUUCACCUACAAAAACAACAAGGAUUACAUCAUAUGAAAAAGCUAAAGCAGACUCAUUAAAAAUGGAUGUACGAUACUGGGAAGUGAUACCAGACGGGAAAACAGCGAGAAGUCCGCUAGUGUACCAUCAAAUUGUUAUGGAACUCAUUUCGCUAAUCGAUAAUUCAAAAAUUGAUGCUGACUCAUUUCCUCCGAAUAAGAUCACUUUCGAAUUCAACAAAGAGUUCAAAGUAAUACGGAAGGUAUCAAAAAGUUGUGAAUAUAUUUCAUUCACAUAA